AUGGUAGAUGGCUGGGUGCCAAAGGCAGCAGCAGCAGCAGCAGCAGCAGAGCAUCAAUGGCCGUUGCGGUGUCUUAGCUGCAGCAGCAAAAGACACAUAUGGGCUCUCCUGCUGCUGCUGCUGCAUACACAACAGCAGCAGCACAGCUGUGCAGCAGCUCAGCUGCAGAAGCAAGCCGGAGAAGCAACGACGAACCAGCAGCAGCUGCAGGAGCAGCAGCAGCGGCAACAGCAACUGCAGCAGCAGCUAGCAGCAAGCUGGCGACAGGCGCAGCAGAGCCACGCAGCAGCAACAGCAAGAUAUACAGCAGCAGCAGCAGCAGCAGAGGAAUCCUUAGAGGCAGUACAAGCAGCAGCUGCUGCUGCAGCACACCACAGGCAGCAACUGAAACGGCAGCAGCAGCAGCAGCACGACGACACAACAACAACAACAGCAGCGGCAGCAGCAGCAGCAACAGCAACAGCGGCAGCAGCAGCAGCAGCAGGGAGACAACUAGAUGCUGCUGCUUUUGCCGAGAGGACACAGAGCCGUAUACAUGUCUCCUUGGCGCUGCGGCUGCUGCAGCAGCUAUCGGGUGUAUCUGCAGCUCGUGCUGCAGCAGAAGCGAACACGAGGCAGCAAGUUUGCUGCCAAUUUGCUGAACUGCAGCAGCAACUGGAGCAGCAGAAGCAGCAACAGCAGCAACAGCAGCAACAUAUCCUCAGGCUCAUACGCAUGCUGCUGCAGCAGGAAUGCCUCACGCUGCAGCAAGCAGCAACAGCUGCUGCAGCGCAGCAGCAGCAGCUGCAGGCAGCCUUAGUUGCUGUUACACCUUCACCAGAGGAAGGCUGUGCUGCUGCUGUUGCUGCUGCACCUGCUGCAGCAGAUGCAGCGGCAAAGCAGCAAGCCAAGAGGAUAAGGAGCAGCAGCAGAAUGCUGCGGUGUAUAUCCACCUUUGCUUCCUCUCUUGCUGCUGCCUUCGAGGAGUACGUGAGGGUGCUGCGUGCUGCUGCUGCUGCUGCUGCUGCUGCUCUAGACCAGCAGCAGAAGCUGCAGCAGCAGCAACUGCAGCAGCAGGGGCAGCAACAACAGCAACAGCAGGAAACAGCAACUCGCUUAGGGACUGUUAACUGGGGAGCAUAUGAAGCAGCAGCAACAGCAGCAGCAGCAGCAGCAGCAGAGCAGCAGCAGCUGUGGACAGACACAGCAGCAGCGCUGCAGCUAAGGGCUGUGCCGCAGCUAAACGUAGCAGCAAGCAAGCUUAAGGCUGCAGCAGCGCUGCUGCAGCGGCUGCAGCCGCCGCAGCAGCUGCAGCAGCAGCAGCAGCAGCAGCAAGAGGUGCAGCGGGGGUCUUCAGAAGAAACGGAGUCAUCCAAACAAUUGUCUGUUGCUGCUGCAGCUGCUGCAGCAACUGUUGCUGCUGCUGCUGUACCUGGGAGCAGCAGCAGCAGCGACAGUGGCUCUCCGGCUGUAGAGUCAGAGGGUGUAGGACCCGAACAGCAACAGCAACAGCAGCAGCAGCAGGCAGCAGGACAGGAGGAGCUGCUGCUGCAGCAGGGACCAUCUGACUUACGAGGGAGCCAGCAGCAGCUAGCAGCAGAAGAAUUGGUGCAUGCAGGAACAGCAGCAGCAGCAGAAGAGGUGCAGCAGCUGCUGCUGUGCGUUACGCAGAUCCAUUCAGCAUCGAGAGCAGCAAGCGAAGCUGCUGCUGCUGCUGCUGCUGAUAUACAUGUUGCUGCAGUAGGAGCAGCAGAGCAGCAGCAGCAGCAGCAACACCAGCAGCUCGUAGCAGCAUUUGCUGCUGCACUUGGUGUCCCUGAGCUGCAGCUAAUAACUCUCCCUCCCGUCUCUGCAGCAGCAGCAGCAGCAGAAGCAGCAGCAACAGCAACAGCAGCAGCAGCAGGAGAUUCAGGCGAAUGCAGCAGCAACGUUAUAGAGCCGUUGGCAGAUACAUCGGCAGCAGACUGGUGGCUGCAGAAGGUGCGAGUUGUCCCCAACAUUAACAACAACAGCAGCAGCAGCAGCAACAGCAACAGCAGCAGCAGCAGCAGCAGCACCGAUGUUUUCUUCACUGAUUUGCCCCUUCUACAGAGAGAAGCAACGAGAUUGACACACAAGGCGAAGCUGCGAGCACGGCAGCAGCAACAGCAGCAACAGCAGCAGCAGCAGCAGCAGGGCGGCAGGAGAGGGAGUGCUUCUGACGUUGCGGUAGUGGAGGAGAGUCUUAGCAGCAGCAGCAGCAACUUUGACAGAUACAGCUUCCCAAGCAGCAGCAGCAGCAACAGCAGCAGCAGCAACAGCAGCAGCAACAGCAGCAGCCGCAGGGAAUCUAUAGCUGCUGACAGCAGCAGCAGCAGCAGCAAUGCGCCAACCUUUGGUAUUCCCUUUGCUCCUACUAUUGCUGCAGAUGACCGGGAAAGCAGCAAGACAGCAGCAGCAGCAGCUGCUGCUGCUGCUGCCGCCGCUGCUGCUGCUGCUGCUGUGAAUGAUUACUUUCUGAUAAUAACUGAAGAGCAGCAGCAGCAACAGCAGGAGGAGCAACAGCAACAGCAACAGCAGCAACAGAUAGACUAUGAUAAAGCUGCAUCAAGUCUAAGCUGCAGCACAGAGACAGCAGCAACAGCAGCAACGGCAGCAACAGCAGCAACAGCAGCAACAGUAGAAGAAAUAGCAAAAGCAGCAGCAGCAGCAGCAAGAGCAGCAGCACCAUUAAGAGCACCAAGCGGAGAAAUAAUAUCCUCUAGGGAGGCACUUAGUGAUGAUGCAACAUUACUACGCAGCAGCAGCAGCAGCAGCAACGACAGCAGCAGCAGCAGCAGCAGCAGCAGAAGGCUGUUUGGCAGCAGCAGCAGCAGCAGCAGCAGCUUAGGGUUUCGCUUCUUCUCUACCCCCGGCCUAAUGCGUCACCACAUAGGCUCUUCAGUAUAUCGAGAGACACCACCAUCAGGAGCAGCAACAGCAGCAGCAGCAGCAGCAGCAGCAACUGCAGCAACAGCAGCAACAGCAGCAGCAGCUGCUGCUGCAGCAGCAGCAACUGCAGCAACAGCAGAGAGCCACGCUACGCAAAGUCUGCCGUCAAUUCCAACUGUGUUAGAUCUAUGGGAUGGAAAAGAAGAGGCAGCAACAGCAGCAACAGCAGCAGCAACAACAGCAGCAGCAGCAGCACCUACUGCUGCUACUGCAGCAGCAGCAGCAGCAGCAGCAGCAGAAGGGAGUCCUCAUUCGUUGCGUGUUUUAUGUUUUAAUUUGAACUCUCCUGACGAGAUAGAAGCACCGCACGUAGAACAAUCUGCUGCUGCUGCUGCUGCUGCUGCUGCUGCUGCUGCUGCUGCAACAGCAGCAGCAGGUAGGAGUACCCCUACAAAUUGUGCUGCAGUACCUGCCCCUGUAGGCGAUGUUUCUCUUUGUAGCAGCAGCAGCAGCAACAGCAGCAGCAGCAGCAGCAGCAGCGCGGUUUUCCCCUUGGCUGACGAACGGCAUGCUGCUGUGGAUCUGCAGCAACAGCAGCAAUUGACACAGGCAACAGCAGCAACAGAUGCAGCAGCAACAGAACCAGGAGCAGCAGCAGCAGCAGCAGCAGCAGAUGCACGUGGAGAACCUGCACGUCGUAGUUUUUAUUCAGGCCCUUUUAUGUGGUUUGGGAUAAAAGACUUCGUGUUGCAGUCUUAUAGCUGUGCCCUCAGCAGAAGGAUCCUCCUCCAGGGUCGUCUAUACGUAACGCAGAGUCGUGUUGGUCGUCUAUACGUAACACAGAGUCGUGUAGUAUUUGUUUCUCUUUUUAAUGAGACAACUUUAUUUGGCAAUGAGACUCUUCUUGUAUUUGAUUUUUCUUCUGUUUAUUCUAUUACGAAACGGACGAAUGCGAUAUUCUUUGAUAACAGCAUCGAGUUCCAAUUGCAUAACGGAGAAAGACAUUUCUUUGCUAGCUUUAUAGGGAGAGAUAGAGCCUACAGCUUUAUCGUGGCUCUGUGGGAAAUAUACAAGAAGAUAUCCAAGCAUGGUUUAGGAGUAGAUGUUGUUUCUUCUGUUUGUCUAAAAAAGCAAAAAAGAAAAAUAAAAACAAAAGAGAGACAUCUAAAUAUGCAAGAGGGUUGUGAGAGGCGGCGGUAUCCAACAGUAGAAGAAAUCAAAGCAGCAGAAGUUGCUGCUGCUGCAGCAGCAGGAUCGUCUCCUGCUGCUGCUGCUGCAGCAGGAGAAGCAGCAGCAGCAGCAAUUAGUGGUUUGCUGCAGCCACUAGAGGAGACAGUUAGUGGUGUCUCCUUUGAUGUCUCCUUAGAGGAAGCAAUUGAUGUCCUUAUUCUUAAUAAUACAUCCAGUCCUCUUAUCAAUGUCUUGAAGGAGAAGGACGCCAUCUGCCCAGAUCCAAUGCCUCCCUGGCGCCUCUGCAGCAACAGCAGCAACAGCAACAACAGCACCUGCAGCGGAAGCAGCAACGGCAGCAGCAGCAACGGCAGCAGCAGCAACGGCAGCAGCAGCAACAGCAGCAACAACAACAGCAGCGACAACAGCGAAUACACCAAGGAUGACGGGUCUUCUGUAGGUGGUGGCGAAGCAGCAACAACAGCAGCAGCAGCAACAACAGCAGCACCAGAAGCAGCAGCAGCAACAGCAGCAACAGCAGCAACAGCAGCAACAGCAGCAAAUGCAAGUGCAGCAGAGGAAGCAGAUUUGCUGCGCAAGGCGAUCUUAAGUGGCCGCUUUUGUCAGAUAACAAGACAGUUCGAUGCUGAUAUUAAAUUGCCUGAGUCCUCGUUAACACGUUUAUUAGGUUUACCUCUUCGUGGUACAUUAAAGGAGAGUUGUAUUUGCAGUGUAUGUACACCUGAAUUCUUAUUGUUGCAGAUAGAGAGUUGUUUAUUAGGUCCUCCUUAUGCAGAUACUUUCUUCCUUAGACAAAGAAUUCUUUGUUAUGCACUAAACCCUAAUGCACAAUUAGGGAUCCAGAACCCCACACCUGGGAUCGUGUCGGGAUCGUCUGGGAUCGAGUUGGGAUCGUCUGGGAUCGAUCCGGGAUCGGCUGGGAUCCAACACCCCACACCUGGGAUCGAUCGGGGAUCGAUCGAUCCCACGAUCCCACCGAGAAUACAAAUCGACUUCGAGUGCGAUGUCGUCAUCACGGCUCCCUCCUUCUUCCAGGGGAAGAUAAAGAAUGAUAGUCUUCGUGAAUUAAGAGAGGGAUUAAAAAAUAUAAAAAGAUUAAUAAAAAAAGAAUUAGAUUGUCUUAUUAGCAGCAGCAACGCAGCAGCAGCAGCAGCAGCAGCAGCAGCAGCAGCAGCAGCAGCAAGUCUUGCUGCAGAUCCUGCUGAUGUAUCUUCAGAUGAAGAGGGAGACAGCGGUGACUCUGUUGAUCGUGAGGCUGCUGCAGAAGCAGCAGCAGCAGCUGCAGCAGUAGCAGCAGCAGCAGCAGCAGCAGAUGCGGCAGCUGCAGCAGAAGGGACAACAGGAGCUGCUGCUUCUGCUGUAUCAGAAGUAGCAGCACCUGCAGCAGCAGCAGCAGCAGCAGUAGGGACAGCAGCAAAGGGAGCAGCAACAUUGUGUCAGCAGCAGCUAAGGUGUCUUAUUUUCUUUAUUGGUGUUAGUGACAGCUCAUGCGGUGUAUCUCCACCUUGA